AUGCCUAAAACCAAUAAAGAAAUAGAGAUCCAGAUUGAGAAAGCAAUGGACUCUCUCUCUGAGCAAUCUAAACCCAAUAUUGCAAAAACUGCGCGAGAAUUCGCGGUCCCCGAAGGUCGACUCCGACGGCGAUGGAAAGGUGGAAAAUCGCUUUUUCAAAGAAAACCCAAUGGCCGGAGGCUUAAUUCCAUACAAGAGCAGGCUUUAUGUGAAUAUAUCAAUUACUUUGAUACGGUCGGAGCCUCGAUAAAUCGCCGUCAAAUUGCUAUUGCAGCCAAUUCAAUCCUCGAAGAAGACCACCAUGACGAGAGCGAACCGCCCCCUCAAAUCGGCGACCACUGGCUAAAACGUUUUCUCAAACGUAAUCCUGAGUACUAUGUACGACGGAGGAAGGCUCUUGAUGUUGAAAGAAGUGCUGCACUUGAUAAAUCUGUUGUUGAGAGGUGGUUUCAAGACUAUAAACAAGUGGUGACUGAGCACGGUAUAUGCCAGCAAGACAUCUACAAUUUUGAUGAAACUGGCUUUCAAAUUGGUGUCGGACGUGAUCAAUUUAUCAUUACUAGACAUCCAAAAAAGAAGCUAUUCAAUGGAUCUAUCACAAACCGAGAAUCUGUGACUGUUUUGGAGGCUGUUUCUGCUGAUGGUUUUGCCUGCCCGCCGCUUAUUAUUCUAAGUGCAAAGCAAGCCUUAGCACGCUGGUUUGAUGCUAUUAAGGAAGAUGAGCAUCUAGCUCUUGGAUUUAAAUUGACAGGCCUUUGGCCUAUUAAUUCUAAGCUUAUUACCGACGAAUUAGAGUCAUACGAUCCAUACUAUGACAAUCUAUACCGGUCGAAUACACCAUCAAUAAACUCACAAAACACUGAGUUUAGCACCCCAAAAACCGCUGAAAAAGUGAGAAGAAUAAGCCUACGGCUUAAUCAAUAUGAUCCUACAACUCAGCAUUUCAAAGAGGGGUUGGCAAAGCUUGCAAAAGGUGCCGAGGCGCAGGCUACUUUAGCUCUCCAGCUACAGCGGGAAUUCGAUCGAACACAAGCUAUCAUGGGAGCUCGCCACGCCCGGUAUGAUGCAUCUCGCCGUCAUGUACGGAUUACCGGCAUCAUGAAUUCAAACCAGCUCAAAGAAAUAAAGCGAAAAGAAUAUAAACUGAGCGAAAAAGCCGAUCAAGAGAAAACGAGGCGGAAGUGGAAGAAGGUAUUGGUCGAAAUCAGGAAGCAUGGAAGGGCCAAAAAACGCAGUGGAAAUUAA